CGCCAUCCCGGAAGUGCGAGGCUCCCAGAUGUGCAGGUGCCGCUGCUGCCGCCGCCGCCGCCACCGCCUUUGCAGCCGCAGAGGAGGAGGAGGAGGAGGAUAUGGAAUCUCCCAAUUCUGCCUCAGAGGUGUUCUGCAACCGGAUUCUCAGCAUGGUGAAUUCAGAGGAUGUAAAUGCCAUCAUUCAGGCCCAGAAGAACAUGCUGGACCGGUUUGAGAAAACCAAUGAAAUGCUCUUGAACUUUAAUAACCUUUCCAACGUCCGCAUGCAGCAGAUGAGCGAGCGUUUCACACACCACACCAGGACACUGAUGGAGAUGAAGAAGGACCUGGACAGCAUCUUCCGAAGGCUCAGGACUCUGAAAACAAAGCUGUCAAAGCAAUACCCAGACGCUUUUAGUCAUAUCCAUGAGUCUCCCAUCCUGGAGGAGGAAGAUGAAGACGUGGACCCCAUCCUGGCCAGCUCAGCUACCACCAUCGCUACCUCAGAGCAGAGUACAGGGUCAUGUGACACGAGCCCAGACAUCAUUUCCCCAGUCCUGAGCCCUGACUUUGAAGAUUUAUCCCAAGGUCGGCUGGACUCCCCAGCUGUGAAUGGGGAGAGCCUGACAGGUGAUGAUGAUGAUGAUGAUGAUGAUGAUGGUGAUGGUGGUGGUGGUGGUGAGAGGGCCCGGGAGUAGGAGGGGGCUACUUUCUACGCCAGGUCCCAAGGAGUCAGUGCACCGUAACUGUGCAAAGUAGGGCCUUCCCGCCUUCCAGCAUCCUGGAAAUGUGGUCCUGGCUGGUCGCCCCACAGCUUAGAACAACGAACCUAGGGGAGACAGCUCCAGAAAGGAUUCUUAUCUGGUCUUUGGGGGCCAUGGAGCCACGGUCGUGGCAUGAAGCCAGGGAUGGGGGGGUAGGCCAGUCUUGUUGGGGGAUGGUCACACUGUGGGUUUCCCCAGCUUUGUUUUGCUAAUGCUUUUUUGCUGGUAUCUUCUCGCCAAAUUGCUUUCCUUCCUGACCCCCACCCCCAGUUCCUAAUGUUUCUGCAUAUAUGAAGCCAAGCCUGGGCUUUUCCAGACCUACUUCUCGGGGUUUUGACAUCCACAGGUUUGUUCAGAGCCCCGUGUGAGGAAGGAGGCUCAUGGACUUGACGGGGCAGUGUCCUGUGCCCGUCUUAGCCCUGGCUCAGAGGCUGUUUCCCAACAAUUCUGUGAAGUAGUUUUUGUUAGGAAACCCAGAGCCAGGCCUGAGUCUGAGAGGCCCAGUAGUUGUGCUUACACUAAACCUCCUUGGCAGUAGACACACACACACAUGCACUCACACGCGCACACACACACACACACACACACACACCCCUCCAUCCAUCCACACUCACACACAGGCACAUGUAGCACAUUAUCAGGCAGACACAUGCUGAUAUGGGUAUUCAUGCUCACACAGGCACAAACAACAUUUACACAGAUUAAGCACCAAGUAUUUUUUUCUGUUGGCACCCUUAGGGCUUUUUUGAAACAAGUAAUAUUUCUGAGACGGAAAUUCAAAGAAAGUUGUUUACUCUCAUGGACAGUGUUUGAGCAGAGAGCAGCGACCAUAUAUUUCCCUGUCAAGAGAGGAGAAGGUACCACCAAGCUGCUGCCUCCUCAUCCUCCUCCACCCCCCUCCAGGGCCCUCAGCCCACUGGGUAGGGACAUCUUUGGAAAUAAAAGUUUAAUUGACUAUUUUUGUACCCUAAGUUUACACGUACUAUGGGGGAAAUAAAAUUCUCUGUUGCUAUGAGGUUCAGUCUGAA